ACGAGUACUGCUUAAAGACAGUGUUCACACAACGAUUUAAGAUUAACUAUUAUGAAAAACUUUUGUCAGAGGAGCAACAAAACUGCACUUUUCCAACCACUCUGUAGCCUAUGUGCAAAAUAGUCUGCAUUCUGGCAACUCAGCCUAUUUUCUUAUUUAUUUGCCAUUUUCUAAAUCCACUGACUCAAAGUAGUAUUCAAGCGUUGCAUCAACCUGGACUUGGUGCAAAACUGUUAGGACUUAUCCUCAUCAAAGCCUCCCUUUCCAUCCCUGUUCCGACAAGUUUGGCUGCACCCUCCUUCACAAGCCUACACAUCGAGUCCAUAAAAGGGGGCGGGGACGCUAACGGGUCCAGGUCUCUUGAAGCAGGAAGCAUACCUGCAUAAGGGAGUCGCCUCUGAAACCCUGUGGAGCUGUCAUCUCAUCUCCCGUCUCUCACCAACUACACCAGAGAUUUCUGACACAUCGCCAGAUAAGAAGCAGCAAUGGCGUACCACCCUGAGUUUGAGAAGGCUGGGCAGAAAGGAGGUCUGCAGGUGUGGCGGAUUGAGAAGAUGGACCUGGCGGCUGUCCCUCAGCACCUCCAUGGGGGCUUCUUCUCCGGAGAUGCCUACCUCAUCCUCAACACCAUCAAACAGCGCGCAGGACACAUGCAGUACGACCUGCACUUCUGGCAAGGUCAGGACUGCACACAGGACGAGAGCGGAGCGGCGGCCAUCUUUACCAUGCAGAUGGACGAUUACCUCGGUGGCAAACCCAUCCAGUACCGUGAGGUCCAGGGCCACGAGUCCAAAACCUUUGUGGGCUACUUUAAAUCUGGCCUCAAGUACAUGAAAGGGGGCAUGGCCUCUGGCUUCCGCCACGUGGAUGAGGAGGAGGUUAAGCGCGUGCUUCAUGUGAUGGGUCGACGCAUCGUCAGGGCAACCGAGGUGCCUGUCAGCUGGGACAGUUUCAACCAGGGAGACUGCUUCAUCCUAGACCUGGGAGAUGAGAUCUACCAGUGGUGUGGCUCCAAGAGUAACCGGUUUGAGAGACUGAAGGCCACAAAUGUCUCUAAAGGUAUCCGUGACAACGAGCGGUGUGGGCGGGCAAAGCUGCACAUCUGUGAGGAAGACUCAGAAAGCGAGAAAAUGCUGGAGAUUCUGGGGCCGAAGCCUGAUUUACCAGACGCACACUCUGAAGACGAGAAGACAGAUGUGUCCAACAGGAAGAUGGCCAAAUUAUACAAGGUGUCUGACGCAAGUGGAGACAUGUCAGUGUCUCUGGUUUCGGGGGAGAACCCGUUCUCCCAGAGCGACCUGGAGCCCACUGACUGUUUCAUCCUGGAUCACGGGUCCAACGGGAAGAUCUUCGUCUGGAAAGGUAAGGAUGCCAACCUGGAGGAGAGGCACGCCACGCUUAAAGCGGCGGAGGAGUUCAUCCGGAAGAUGGGCUACCCCCGACACACGCAGAUCCAGAUCCUGCCACAGUACGGAGAGACGCCACUCUUCAAGCAGUUCUUCAAGGUGUGGCGCGACGUGGACCAGACCGAAGGACUGGGCAAGGGUUACGUGUCAAACAAGAUCGCCAACAUCCAGAAGGUUCCGUUCGACGCCUCCACCCUCCACGAGUCUGCUGCCAUGGCUGCGCAGCACGGCAUCAUGGACGAUGGCAGUGGAGACAAACAGAUCUGGCGUAUUGAGGGGUCAGACAAGGUGCCUGUGGACCCGUCCACAUACGGUCAGUUUUACGGCGGGGACAGUUACAUCAUCCAGUACAGAUACAGUCACGGAGGACGGCAGGGCCAGAUCGUCUACAUCUGGCAAGGAGACGACUCGGGUCAGGACGAAAAGGGGGCGUCAGCCAUUCUGGCUGCACAACUGGAUGAUGAGCUGGGAGGAGGAGCCGUGCAGGUGAGGGUGAUCCAGGGCAAGGAGCCAGCCCAGCUGAUGAGUCUGUUUGGGGGUAAGCCGAUGGUGGUUCACCGGGGAGGAACCUCCAGGGACGGGGGCCAAACCCAGCCUGCAGACACGCGGCUCUUCCAAGUGAGGGCCAACUCAGCAGGCAACACCCGCGCAGUGGAGGUGGAGGCUGUGGCGUCCAACAUGAACUCCAACGAUGCAUUCGUUCUGCUGACACCCUCCUCCUCUGUGCUGUGGGCGGGGCAUGGGUGCUGUGAUGUGGAGAAGGGCGGGGCCUCACAGCUCAGUGAGAUUCUAGGCGUGGAGCUCUCUGAGGUUGCCGAGGGAGAUGAGGGAGACGAUUUCUGGGAUUCUCUGGGCGGAAAGGCCGAGUAUCGUACAUCAGCCAGACUGAAGAACAAGAUGGACGUGCAUCCUCCACGACUGUUCGCCUGCUCCAACAAAACAGGACAGUUCACUAUUGAGGAGGUGCCUGGAGAGAUGACUCAGGAGGAUCUGGCUCCAGAUGACGUGAUGAUCCUGGACACAUGGGAUCAGGUGUUUGUUUGGAUCGGGGAUGACGCCAAUGAAGAGGAGAAGAGCGAGGCCAUGAAGUCUGCCUCUCAAUACAUCGAAACAGACCCGUCCAACAGGGACCCCAGGACACCCGUGGUGAAGAGCAAGCAGGGCUUUGAGCCGCCCACCUUCACUGGCUGGUUCCUGGGUUGGGACUUUGAGUACUGGAGCUCUGACCCAUUUGAGCGAGCAAUGGCCAACCUGUAGAUGACGUUAACCCACGACCCGCCCGCGGCCGACUUGGAUUCGGACCCGGCGCUGAUCUGGUGCGGUUUUGUGGUGCCAGAUCUGGGCCGGACCCGAUCCAGGGUUAACUGCUGUCUGGGACGGGCCCUUGUAGGAAAGAGUGUGAUCAGAGCAGUGUGUGUGUGGCAGAGAGAGGAGAGUUUUCAGAAGUGCCCUUUCAGGUCAAACAAGUGCUUUAGACAAACAUAUAGCAUCCGUCUUAGCUCUCACAAAGUUAAACACAGAACAGAACUUUACACUUCCGUGACACAGCCUGCGCAAACAUUGACCACUGUCACAGUCUACAUAGUAAUCAAUGCUUACAUCGCUAAACUCUUAAACACUAGCUACCUUUCUACUGCAGUAGCUAAAGCUAACAUCACUAAACUCCUAAACACUAGCUACCUUCCUACUGCAGUUGCUGCUUUCGCUUUGGUGAACUCUGCAGCAUAUACAAGACAUCCUGUUACAGAAGCAUUUAGUCUUCCUCUCUGCUGUCUGCUCACUGUGUGUGUGUGUCACUCUCUCAGCCUUCAGCUUCUCUGUCACAUUCAGGUGUAGAAUGUUACAAGCAGAACUACAUAGAGCCUUAGUUAAAUCACACCUGCAUUUACAAACUGACUGGUUGAUGUCAAACAUCUCUGCAUUAAAAUGCUUCAUAUGAAA